UGGCAGAAAACGAAUCAAUAAAAAUACAGAAAUAAAACAAAUUCGAAAACCACCAACUUUUAUAACCCAGCAGUCCACACGCUAUUGAACGGAGCUUCUUCGCAACGGCCCAGCCCACGACGCGCAAAGACAGAUUUCCGACGGCCCAUCCCACGCUUAUCCAUUUCCAUCCAACGGAUCUGUGGAGAGGAACUGAGGCCCAUCCGAUGAGCUCUCCACCGGCGCUCCGCUCUUCGCCGGCGGCGCAGCUGCUGCCGCCGUGGCGCCCUCGCCGCCGCCGGCUCGUCCUCAGCAUGUCCGCGCGGGCUUCGAGGCCCUCCUGCGACCUAGCACCUGGCGCCAGCGCGCGCUACGGCCCGCAUCCGCAGCCGCUGCCGCUGCCGCGACUCGUGGCGGCGGAGUCGUCUCCUUCCACCUCGCUCGCCGCCGUUGGCGCCAUCCAGAGGGAUGCUGAGACGGGGCUCUCCUUGCUCCUCGUCGUUCUCGGUGUGGUGAUGAGCUUCUUUCUGUCACUAGCCAUCUUAUCAUUUUCAGCAAGCAGAGCGCUGCAGAAGAUGGAAACUGCAGCAAAUAAAUUGGCAAAAUUAUUUGCAGAAGAGGUGCCUGGAACUCUAUCUUCAUUGAAUCUCUCCUUCAUGGAGAUCAAUGAUUUAACUAGCCAGUUAAAGAACCUUAGGAAGAGGCUGGCAAUAAGUAGAUUUGGGAAGAAUCCUAAUUCUAAAGCAAGCUCAAGUUCUUGGUAAUCUGCCAAUGACAGGUGGCGGGCUCAUAAAGUCACGCAAGUGAGUAUGCGACCAAUACAGUCAUCAGAUCCUGAGGUACCAAACCAGUACUUUGCGACCAAUAUGGUCAGCAAAUAAACCCUGAGAUGCCGAAACGAAGAUGUGAAGAAACCAUGAUCAGUGAGUGAAGUAUGUUGACUUCCGCCCUAGGGUUCUUGCAGCUACAUGGCUAAAGAUGAUAGGUUGAAGACUCCUCGUGAGCCGGUUACAUGUAGUCUAUUUUAAUUGGAUGUUGUUGUACCCAAUGUGUGUACGUUACUAGCUGUAGCAGACUCGCAGCUGGUUUGUCAAGACAAUAUGUACAGCUUGCUAGCCUCCUGCUUGUACUGUGUUAGGAAAACAAACGAGGAUUUGUGUAAACAAGUUGAGUUUCACUCUGGCAAUGCAAGCGCCGUUUGCAUUGCAUUGCAUUGCUUUGCUCUCCCUUCCACAUCA